AUGCGCCAGGCAAGCCUGUGUGUGAGGAGGAGAAGGUGUGUUCGCGCGGAGGAGAGGUGUGUGCGUGCGGAGGAGAGGUGUGUUCGCGCGGAGGAGAGGUGUGUUCGCGCGGAGGAGGAGAGGUGUGUUCGCGCGGAGGAGGAGAGGUGUGUUCGCGCGGAGGAGGAGAGGUGUGUUCGCGCGGAGGAGGAGAGGUGUGUUCGCGCGGAGGAGGAGAGGUGUGUUCGCGCGGAGGAGGAGAGGUGUGUGCGCGCGGAGGAGGAGAGGUGUGUUCGCGCGGAGGAGGAGAGGUGUGUUCGCGCGGAGGAGGAGAGGUGUGUGCGCGCGGAGGAGGAGAGGUGUGUGCGCGCGGAGGAGGAGAGGUGUGUUCGCGCGGAGGAGGAGAGGUGUGUUCGCGCGGAGGAGGAGAGGUGUGUUCGCGCGGAGGAGGAGAGGUGUGUUCGCGCGGAGGAGGAGAGGUGUGUGCGCGCGGAGGAGGAGAGGUGUGUUCGCGCGGAGGAGGAGAGGUGUGUUCGCGCGAGGAGGAGAGGUGUGUUCGCGCGGAGGAGGAGAGGUGUGUUCGCGCGGAGGAGGAGAGGUGUGUUCGCGCGGAGGAGGAGAGGUGUGUUCGCGCGGAGGAGGAGAGGUGUGUGCGCGCGGAGGAGGAGAGGUGUGUUUGCGCGGAGGAGGAGAGGUGUGUUUCGUGCGGAGGAGGAGAGGUGUGUUCGUGCGGAGGAGGAGAGGUGUGUUCGUGCGGAGGAGAGGUGUGUGCGUGCGGAGGAGGAGAGGUGUGUGCGUGCGGAGGAGGAGAGGUGUGUGCGUGCGGAGGAGGAGAGGGUGUGUGCGUGCGGAGGAGGAGAGGUGUGUGCGGAGGAGGAGAGGUGUGUGCGGAGGAGGAGAGGUGUGUGCGGAGGAGGAGAGGUGUGUGCGUGCGGAGGAGGAGAGGUGUGUGCGUGCAGAGGAGAGGUGUGUGCGGAGGAGGAGAGGUGUGUGCGUGCGGAGGAGAGGUGUGUGCGUGCGGAGGAGGAGAGGUGUGUGCGUGCGGAGGAGGAGAGGUGUGUUCGCGCGGAGGAGGAGAGGUGUGUGCGCGGAGGAGGAGAGGUGUGUGCGCGCGGAGGAGGAGAGGUGUGUGCGUGCGGAGGAGGAGAGGUGUGUGCGUGCGGAGGAGGAGAGGUGUGUGCGUGCGGAGGAGAGGUGUGUUCGCGCGGAGGAGGAGAGGUGUGUGCGGAGGAGGAGAGGUGUGUGCGUGCGGAGGAGGAGAGGUGUGUGCGCGCGGAGGAGGAGAGGUGUGUGCGUGCGGAGGAGGAGAGGUGUGUGCGCGCGGAGGAGGAGAGGUGUGUGCGCGCGGAGGAGGAGAGGUGUGUUCGCGCGGAGGAGGAGAGGUGUGUGCGCGCGGAGGAGAGGUGUGUGAGGAGGAGAAGGUGUGUGAGGAGGAGAGGUGUGUGA